AUGGCGGCCAUGCCAGUAUCUGUGAUCCAGACCACCAUCAAGACCAAGGUAUCACCAGGCCUGGAGUCUUUGACUAUCGUGGGGUCCCCUCGGGCGUUGUUCCGACCCCUGGGCCUUCUCCGUCUGCUGCAGCUGUUAUCUACCUGUUUGGCUUUCUCACUCGUGGCCUACAAGGGUGCCUGGAUGGGCUCCAUGGUCAACUGGUGCAUGUUCUCCUGGUGCUUCUGUUUUUCCAUGACCCUGAUAAUCCUCAGCCUGGAGUUGGGUGGAUUCCAGAACCGCUUCCCCCUGUCCUGGCUGGAUUUCCCCAUCACCUGCGCCUCCUACGGUGUCCUCUUCUGCCUGUCGUCUUCCAUCAUCUACCCUAUCACCAGCGUGCGGUUUAUGGCUCAUGGGUCUGCCAGAAAAUAUGCCAUCAGCGCCACAAUCUUCUCCUGCAUCGCCUGUGUGGCUUAUGUAACAGAAGUAGCCUGGACUCAGACAAGGCCUGGUGAGAUCACUGGCUAUAUGGCCACUGUGUCCGGGAAGCUCAAGGUCGUUGAGUCCUUUGUAGCCUGCCUUAUCUUCGUCUUCAUCAGCAACCCACACCUGUACACGCAUGAACCUGCUCUGGAGUGGUGUGUGACUGUGUAUGCUGUAUGCUUCAUCCUAACCAUGGUGAUCAUCCUGCUGAACCUGGGGAAUUGCACCAACAUCGUGCCCAUCGCCCUCCCUACCUUCUUGACCAGCAUAGCCUUCCUGUCUGUCGUCAUGUACACUACCGCCAUUGUCCUCUGGCCCCUCUAUCAGUUCAGUGAGGCAACUCCAGGCCAGUCCCACAGAAACAUGGAUGCGACCUGUCAGUACACACGUCCACACUCAGUGUGUUCCUGGGAUCGCCAUCUGGUAGUGGCGAUCUUGACUGGUGUCAACCUGCUGGCGUAUAUGACUGAUUUUAUUCACUCUAGCUAG